UAGUGGCUGCGCUGCGCGGAGCUGGUGUCCGACCCGGCGGCGGCGGCGGCGGCGGCGGCGGCUCCUCCACGCGUGGCCCCGCACCUGCUGCCCCCGUCCGGCCCGGAGCUCCGCGGCUAUGCGGCUGGCGCUGCUCUGGGCCCUGGGACUCCUGGGCGCGGGCAGCCCUCGGCCCUCCCCGCCGCUCCCAAACAUAGGAGGCACUGGAGAGCAGCAGCAAGCCAAACCAGAGAGGGCCCUGAGUGGAUCCUUGGAGAGGCAGGUCGUUCAGGACAGUCCCCCAGUUGGCCUAGCAGAAUUGCUUCAGACUGGUCUACCUGAAGCCCUGAGGGUCGAAGUGGAGCUGGACGGUGAAAGUCAUGUCCUGGAGCUUCUACAGAAUAGAGAUCUAGUCCCUGGCCGCCCAACUCUGGUGUGGUACCAGCCUGAUGGCACCCGAGUGGUCAGUGAGGGGCACAGUCUGGAAAACUGCUGCUACCGAGGUGAUGUGCAGGGCCGCCCCGGCUCAUGGGUCUCCCUCUGUGCCUGCGCCGGGAUCAGGGGGUUGGUGGUCCUGUCCCCAGAGAGAAGCUAUGCACUGGAGCCGGGGCCUGGAGACCUUCAGGGUCCUCCCAUUGUUUCUCGGACCCAAGACCUCCUCCUGCCAGGCCACACCUGUGCCCCAAGCUGGCAUACACCUGUGCCCACUCAAGCUGGACCGGACCUUCUUCUGGGACAGCAGCACUUUCACAGGCUUAAGCGGGAUGUUGUAACAGAGACCAAAACGGUUGAGCUGGUGAUUGUGGCUGACAACUCGGAGGUCAGAAAGUACCCUGACUUCCAACAGCUGCUGAACCGAACGCUGGAAGUGGCCCUCCUGCUCGACACAUUCUUCCAGCCCUUGAAGGUCCGGGUAGCCCUUGUGGGCCUAGAGGCAUGGACCCAGCAGGACCAGAUAGAGAUGAGCUCCAACCCAGCUGUCCUGCUAGACAACUUCCUCCGCUGGCGCCGGACGGACCUGCUGCCUCGGCUGCCCCACGAUAGUGCCCAGCUGAUGACUGGUACUUCUUUCUCUGGGCCCAUGGUGGGCAUGGCCAUUCAGAACUCCAUCUGUUCCCCCGACUUCUCAGGAGGUGUGAAUAUGGACCACUCCACAAGCAUCUUAGGAGUUGCCUCCUCAAUCGCCCAUGAGUUGGGCCACAGCCUGGGUCUAGACCAUGAUUCACCUGGGAGCAGUUGUCCCUGUCCAGGUCCGGCCCCAGCCAAGAGCUGCAUCAUGGAAGCCUCCACAGAUUUCCUACCAGGUUUGAACUUCAGCAACUGCAGCCGACAGGCCCUGGAAAAAGCCCUCCUCGAUGGGAUGGGCAGCUGCCUCUUUGAACGGCUGCCCAGCCUGGCCCCCAUGUCCUCUUUGUGUGGAAAUAUGUUUGUGGACCCUGGCGAGCAGUGUGACUGUGGCUUCCCAGAUGAAUGCACCGAUCCUUGCUGUGACUACUUCACCUGCCAGCUGAGGCCAGGAGCACAGUGUGCCUCUGAUGGACCCUGCUGUCAGAACUGCAAGUUGCACCCAGCCGGCUGGCAGUGCCGCCCUCGAAGAGAUGAUUGUGAUUUGCCCGAGUUCUGCCCAGGAGACAGUUCCCAGUGCCCCGCUGACCUCAGGCUGGGGGACGGUGAACCCUGUGCUGACGGACAGGCUGUGUGUAUGCACGGGCGCUGUGCCUCCUACGCCCAGCAGUGCCAGUCGCUCUGGGGACCUGGGGCCCAGCCUGCUGCACCACUUUGCCUCCAGACAGCCAACACUCGGGGUAAUGCCUUCGGGAGCUGUGGGCGCAGCCCCAACGGCAGCUACGUGCCCUGCGCCCCUAGAGAUGCCGUUUGUGGACAGCUUCAGUGCCAGUGGGGGAGGACCCAGCCUCUGCUGGGCUCAGCCCAAGACCUGCUCUCGGAGGUCCUGGAAGCCAAUGGGAUGCAGCUGGACUGCAGCUGGGUGCACCUGGACCUGGGCAAUGAUGUGGCUCAGCCCCUCCUGGCUCUGCCUGGCACUGCCUGUGGCCCUGGCCUGGUGUGCAUCGACCAUCGAUGCCAGCCCGUGGAUCUCCUGGGAGCACAGGAGUGUCGGAGCAAAUGCCAUGGCCAUGGGGUCUGUGACAGCAGCAGACACUGCCACUGUGAGGAGGGCUGGGCACCUCCUGACUGCGUGACUCAGCUCAGAGCAACCAGCUCCCUGACCACGGGCCUGCUCCUCAGCCUCCUGUUGUUGGUGGUCCUAGCCCUCCUUGGUGCCAGCUACUGGCACCGAGCCCGCCUGCAUCAGCGGCUCUGCCAGCUCAAGGGAUCCAGCUGCCAGUAUAGGGCAGCCCAACCAAAUCCUCCUGAACGGCCAGGACCUCCACAGCGGGCACAGCCGAUGCCAGGCGCUAAGCAAGCUAGUGCCAUCAUCUUGCCGGUGCCCCCCUCCAGGCCGCUGCCACCUAACCCUGUGCCCAAGAAACUCCAGGCUGAGCUGGCUGAGCGAUCCAAUCCCCCCACUCGCCCUCUGCCCGCUGACCCUGUGGUGAGGCACCCAAAGUCUCAGGGGCCCGCCAAACCCCCACCCCCAAGAAAGCCACUGCCUGCCAACCCACAGGGCCGGCACCCAUCAGGUGACCUGUCGGGUCCAGGGGACGGGAGCAUGCAGCUGGUGGUGCCCUCCAGGCCAGCUCCACCACCCCCAGCAGUACCCUCGCUCUACCUCUGACCGCUCUUGAGACUUGGCUGACUCCCGCCCAGAUUUAAGACUUAAAGAAGUGCAAUCUCGGCCGCUGCCGCCCCUCCCCCCGACAAAUGACUAGAGGAGCAGGAGGAGCCCUAGACAAUGCAGUGUCCAGCCUAAGGAACCACCCACCAUCAGGCGCUGUUAAGCAACACCUGGGGACCCACCAAAAUAGCUGCACCUGGCUGCUGGGGAGGGGCCGGGGCCGGAGUAGGUGGCGGCGGGGCAUGCACACAAUCUGUCUUUGCUCUUUUGUAAUAAAUGUGAGAUCUUGGAAUGUG